UGCUGGCCAGGCGGCCGGAGCUGGAGGUUUCUAGGAUGGCAGCGGUCCCUGAGCGCUCCUCUCUCGCCUCCGCGCCCUGCCUGGGCAGUGCAGUGGGUCCUUCCCAGCCGGCUCCGCCAGCUCCGGCGGGUUUACAUCUUCAGCGCUGUCUUCCUCAUGCUUCCCCCUCGCCAGUGCGUUGGUUUUAAGCCCUUGCUGGUGUCUUUCGAGGAGAGGGAAUGGUCACUUGUGUCCGUGCUCACUUGGGUUUCAUGAGACAACGCCUGCAAGGAUUAAAACAAGGUGAGCCAACCAUGACGGGCAAAACACAGACCAGCAACGUUACCAAUAAGAAUGACCCCAAGUCCAUCAACUCCAGGGUUUUCAUCGGCAACUUAAAUACAGCCAUUGUCAAAAAAGUCGACAUUGAAGCUAUUUUUUCAAAGUAUGGAAAAAUCGUUGGCUGCUCCGUUCACAAAGGGUAUGCUUUUGUUCAGUACAUGAGUGAGCGCCAUGCAAGAGCUGCUGUGGCUGGAGAAAAUGCCAGGGUCAUCGCAGGCCAGCCUCUUGAUAUUAAUAUGGCAGGGGAACCCAAACCGUACAGACCAAAGCCUGGAAACAAGAGGCCCCUUUCUGCUCUUUACAGGCUUGAAUCAAAGGAGCCAUUUCUGUCUGUUGGUGGUUAUGUCUUCGACUAUGAUUACUACAGAGAUGACUUCUACAGUCGGUUGUUUGAUUACCAUGGCCGUGUGCCUCCGCCUCCUCGAGCUGUCAUCCCACUAAAGCGUCCCAGAGUGGCUGUCACUACCACACGCAGGGGAAAAGGAGUCUUUUCCAUGAAGGGGGGAUCCAGAUCUACUGUUGGUGGGUCAUCUUCAUCAGGCUCCAAGUUGAAAUCAGAUGAGUUACUGACAAUCAAGAAAGAAUUAACCCAGAUCAAAACUAAAAUUGACUCCUUGCUAGGGCGCCUGGAGAAGAUUGAGAAACAGCAAAAGGCAGAAGCAGAAGCUCAGAAGAAGCAGUUGGAGGAGAGUAUAGAGCUGAUCCAAGACGAAUGUGUGUCAGAGAAUGCAGACCACUCCAUAGAGGAGCCUGCUGAAGGAGGGCAAGAAGCGGAUGGAGGAGAGAUGACUGAUGGGAUAGAGGAGGACUUCGAUGAAGAUGGGGGUCACGAGCUGUUUCUACAGAUAAAGUGAUCUGAAGUAGUGUACAAUAGUGAAAAAGAAGAAGAGUGAAACUGUGACAUGUGGCGGAAUGAGGAAGGCGAUUUCAUAAUGCACAGCAGCAUCUCUGAUUCAGUUUAUAUAAAAUCCCCAGUCAUACGGACCGUAUUGUUCACUUUCAAAACUACCGUUUCUUCUGUGUUACGAGCUGUAUAAUUGUUGUUUCAUCGUUUACAUUGCAAAUAUGUUUUCUCCUUUGCUUAUUUUUUUAGUCUUACGUUGUAAAAGACAUCAGUGAGUGAUGAGAGAGACACUGUACACAAAUGUAUAUUUGUAAAAGCUAUUUUUAUGAUUAGCAUGUGUCAUCAUGGAUCACACAGUCAUGUGGUGUUGCAAUCCGACAUUUAGAGCUUGUUUCCAACAAUGUCCUAAGAAAAAUAUACACUGUAUGCCAGUUUUUAUAAUUUAAUUUUAAUUCAUAAUUUAAAGAACCUUAGACCAGUAGGAAAACUAUUUGAAAAGCUAUAUUUCUGCCCUCUAUAAGCACCAUUUUAUUAAUAAAGAAUGCUGUUAUUUCAGAAGUGAUGCAACAGUUUAAGGACUUUGGUUUGACCUGUGAGCAUGCUUGGCUCUAGUGAGCUGAAAUGAUCCAAUCAUCACCUAUUACUUGAGUCUGACUGAGAUUCUGUGGACAGUUCAGUACUCACACAGAUGAGAAGUAGAUUGAUAAGAAAAAGAUUGUCUUGUCCUGGGAUCCAAACGUUUCAGGUAGUGCACACGCCCUCCAUCUCAUCUCUAAGCCCUCAGAAUCCUCCAUUCCUAAGCAUUGUGUUUUCCAAAUACUCUUGGCUAUUGUCUUGUGCAGUGGAAAUGGGAGAGACCAUCCCCACAGGCUAUAGGCACAUUCAGCACAUAAUUUCUUAAUAAAUACUGGUUCUUUUAA